GCGAGGACUUGUGGGUACUGGCGAUCUGCAGCUCGUUUUCCAAUAUCGAUCUUCGACCGCACGUGAAGUACAUCGGAAAUAUGCACGGCAAUGAGGUCGUAAGUCGGGAGGUGUUGCUGCACUUGAUUAACCUGUACGUGACGUCAUACGGCACAAAUUUGACCCUGACUCAAUUCCUUAACACGACCACUGUGCAUAUCAUGCCGUCAAUGAACCCCGAUGGUUACAGCAAAGCAGUUGAGGGUCAAUGCGAGGAUACCUUAGGCAGAUACAACGCCAACGGGGUGAACUUGAACAGAAACUUCCCCGAUCUAGUUCAUGACCGGGCAAUCAUACCCGUCCAACCCGAAACCCAGCACGUGAUAGACUGGCUGGACGACUACAAUUUUGUACUCUCUGCCAACUUGCACUCCGGUUAUUUUGUUGCAAGCUACCCCUACCACUUUUAUCUCUCAGACCCCUAUCUAAUUUAUGGCGAACCUUCGAUGACGGUGGAUGACGACACUUUCCAGUAUUUAGCUCUGACUUAUGCAAGGUCACACCACACUAUGGCUAAAACAGGUGGCAACGAAUGCGGCAGGUACCUUGGGAAGUACUUUAAGAAUGGCAUUUCAAACGGAGCCGAUUGGUCUCCUGUGUUAGGAAACAUGCAGGAUUACAACUACCUUGCUGAAGGCAUAUUUGAAAUCACCAUAGGAUUUUCCUGCUGCCAUUUUCCGAAUGCCUCAUCUCUCCCCGAUUAUUGGGUGGAGAACAAAGACGCAUUGGUGAACUACCUUUUGCUGGCUCACAUGGGUGUAAAGGGAUACAUUCGGGACCAAAACAACAUCCCGUUGGAUGGCGCUGUGUUGAGCCUUAUAGGACGAGCAUUCCCGACAUUCAGGUCUAAACAUGGCGGCCAGUAUUUCCGACUCCUCAUGCCAGGCACAUAUACUUUGAAUGUCAGUUACAAGAACCACACGAGGACCAAAAAGUUCAUCGUGUCGACAGGCGUCGUAACACGCGUUGACGUCACUUUGGACCUUGACAAACUUGAAACUUCAAAUGAAACUGAAACUGAAGCUGUGGACGCGAAAACUGAAACUAAAACUACCAUGCCUACUGAAUCUACCACACUUGAAACUGAGCAUACAGCUGAAACUAAAACUGAAACUCAACCUGAAACUGUUGACGCUAACAAAACUGAAACUGUAAAUGAAACCAACAAACGCGGUCCCUCGAACAACGCGCUUCAAUGCGCAUCCUCUUUGUCAAUUAUAGCUACGUUUUAUGUUGUAUUGCGUUCAUUAAUGUAUUAAGGCCGCUAACGGAAUCAUUUAUCUUCCGCUAACAAUAUAAACAUUACUUUUUGUAAGCUUGAUCCUUCUUAAAUCUUAAAAACUAAUUUCAUGAGAUUUAUUGCAUGAAUCUUAUAUAUAUAUGUAUCAGCAAAACCGAGAAAACAUAUCAUAGCUCGUCAAGUAAUAGCUCUGUAAUGUUACAUGCAUCCUCAAAAUUGUUUAAAUGUUUUCGUCCAAGAUUAUUUUCUUGAGUCCGGACAGGCAAUCAUUGACGAUAUUUUCAGCUUUUCUUGAUUUUUUUUUCGUUUUAAAUAAGGCCUCUUCAAAACAAAAAUUCAGACUAGGCGGAAAUGUUAUUGUAUUUGGCUGGGGUAUCAGUUUUGUAUCGUACUUGUGUUUAUGUAAUUGUUUAUUUGUAAAAAAAAAAACAGCUUGUAUUGUACGACACAUAGUUGCAUAACUAUUAACCAGUCCCAGAUUUUUGAAAAAAACACACGAUCAGAGUAAGAAAAGAACACGUCAAAAAGAAUGUAUGCAUUAUAUUAUAUUACAGCAACAUAAUACUCCUGAUUAAGAAAAGGCUAACACAGUAUGGUCGUUUAUAGACAGUCAUCAAUCAAGACUAACACAGCAUGGUCGUUUAUAGACAGUCAUCAAGGCUAACACAGUAUGGUCGUUUAUAGACAGUCAUCAAGGCUAACACAGUAUGGUCGUUUAUAGACAGUCAUCAAGGCUUACACAGUAUGGUCGUUUAUAGACAGUCAUCAAUCAAGGCUAACACAGUAUGGUCGUUUAUAGACAGUCAUCAAGGCUAACACAGUAUGGUCGUUUAUAGACAGUCAUCAAGGCUAACACAGUCUGGUCGUUUAUAGACAGUCAUCAAGGCUAACACAGUAUGGCCGUUUAUAGUCAGUCAUCAAUCAAGGCUAACACAGUAUGAUCGUUUAUAGACAGUCAUCAAGGCUAACACAGUAUGGUCGUUAAUAGACAGUCAUCAAGGCUAACACAGUAUGGUCGUUUAUAGACAGUCAUCAAGGCUAACACAGUAUGGUCGUUUAUAGACAGUCAUCAAGGCUAACACAGUAUGGUCGUUUAUAGACAGUCAUCAAGGCUAACACAGUAUGGUCAUUUAUAGACAGUCAUCAAGGCUAACAGUAUGGUCGUUUAUAGACAGUCAUCAAGGCUAACACAGUAUGGUCGUUUAUAGACAGUCAUCAAUCGAAAUCGGAAAUGCAACGCUUUUCAUCGAUAAUAUAACGGAAACAAGUAUAACCGACAUAACAUUUAAACUACUCUUUAAAUUUUGAAAGCUUGCAUGGUACAUGCGCAACUCAAUCGCAUUUACUUUGAUAUUACCUAACAUGGGCAUUAUUCCGUGCUAUUAUAUUUGUUUAAACUAGUCAAAAUACAGAUUUGACAUUAAAUUCAUUAAAUGACAUUCUUCACAAACACCACCAUCUUAGAAUAGCCCACUAAUGCUUUGUAGUGCAUUGCACGAUUUAUAAAAUAAAGUUUCUUACAAUACAAUAUUA